UUGCUUGCCGUUGCUCUGCAAAAACACAUAAAUAGACGGAAAGCGCUCCAACUGCCAAUUCUUCCGCCGACAGCUUUCGUCUUCUUCUCUCUCUCUCUCGAUUCCCACUUUUGUUGCUUUUCUACCUACUCUACCCGUUCGAACAGCGUCAUCGCUCCCCGUCUCGGAUCUUGCGCGGAACAUCUCAGCUAUCAUCUUCCCGUUGUCGCAUAACGUCCAUUCACCCGCAAACGCCCGACGACGCAAAGAAAAGGGAAGGGAAGGGGGAAAAAAGGAAUAGAAGAAAGAAGAAGAUAGAGGGAAGAUUGAAGCUUGGAAAUUUCGUCAUCAUACAGCCCGCGAUGCCGAUGGAUCAGCGUGAGCUCGAGUCGCGCGUAAAGGCGCUGACAAAGGUCGUGGCCGCCAACGAGCCGCCCGAGAAUGCGCUCAAGCUGCUCGAGCUGCUCAAGAAGGAGGCGUCGCCGACGGAGGAGAUGCUGCGGGCCACGCGCGCAGGUGUCUUCGUCGGCAAGCUGAGGUCCAACCCCAACAAGGACAUUGCCCGGGCCGCCUCGGAGCUCGUCAUCAAGUGGAAGAAGCUGGUUGAGCAGGAGAAGAACUCCAAGCUCCAAAAGGCAAAGAUGGGCUCGCCCUCGGCGCCCGCCAACGCCGCAUCGCCGCCCAACAACAACGGCAACAAUAACAACAACAACAACGCCGCGGCCCCCGCCGGCAAGGCAUACAAGGGCGACCCUGAGAAGCGCAAGUUCGACACGGACGGCGUCAACAUCAAGCGCACCGAGUCCAACGUGCGCAACCAGUGCAUCGGCCUCAUCUACAACGGCCUGGCCUACCGAUCCGUCGAGCCCGAGAGCAGCGUCAUCGCAAAGGCCGUCGCCGUCGAGAACGCCGCCUACACCGUCUUCAACGGCGAGGGCGCCGAGUACAAGAAGAAGAUCCGGUCGCUCUUCGCCAACCUCAAGAACAAGUCCAACCGCGACCUGGGCAAGCGCGUCAUGUCCGGCGACAUUGCGCCCGAGCGCUUCGUCAGCAUGACGGACGAGGACCUCAAGAGCGAGGACCAGCGCAGGAUGGAGCUCGAGCUGGAGAAGGAGAACAUGAAGAAGGCGCAGGUUCCCAUGGCGGAGAAGAGCAUCAGCGACAGCCUCGAGUGCGGCAAGUGUAAGAAGAAGAGGGUCAGCUAUACCCAGGCGCAGACACGGAGCGCUGAUGAGCCGAUGACGACGUUUUGCGAGUGUAUGAAUUGCGGCAACCGCUGGAAGGUGAGU